CCGACCGGUGUCCAUUCCAUCUUGGACACAUAUAUAAAAGCGGGGCUGAAACAGAUUCCAUCAACAAGUCAACAUCCAGCAUUUAUUGGACAACAACCAAUCUCCUUUCCAAAAUCAUCAUGAAAUUCGUUUUGGUCCUCACCGUCUUGAUGGGCGUGGCUCUGGCCUCUUCCCAAGAGGAUGACACAUCUCAAAUUAUGGAGGCUCUUGAAUACAACACCUUGACUCAAGACAAGAUCGUGGAAUUAUACGAGUUCCUCAGGGACGAGCUUGAGGGUGAGGACAUGGAGGCUGAUCUGGAAAAGGAAGUCCUCCGUAAAAGGCGAAGUGCCGAGGCCAGUCCCCUCUUCCUUCGUUGGCUCUUUGGUCGACGGGAUUAUGAUUACGGUUAUGACAACCAUCACAGUCAUGGGUAUCGAAGCCACGGGCGUCGAAACUUUUAUCAUUAAUGUUCAAAACAUCAAACUCAUUCACUUCAACCAAAGCUUUAGAGAAAAAUAAAUUCGUUAAACCAAACAGACUAGAAU